UCGCCGCGUGCCCGCCCCCGGGCGUCUGCAGCAGCCUCGGCUCCCUCCUGCCGCCGCUCGCCGCCCGCGGAGCCCGAGCCGGGGCCCGAGCGUGAGCGGCGCCGGGCUCGACGCGGGGCUCUCGGGCCGCGGCGCCGGGCAGGCGAUGCUCCAGAGGCCUGAGGAGCCAUGGAGGCCGAGGCGGGCGGCCUGGAGGAGCUGACGGACGAGGAGAUGGCGGCGCUGGGCAAGGAGGAGCUGGUGCGGCGCCUGCGGCGAGAGGAGGCGGCGCGCCUGGCGGCCCUGGUGCAGCGGGGCCGCCUCAUGCAGGAGGUGAAUCGGCAGCUGCAGGGCCACCUGGGCGAGAUCCGCGAGCUCAAGCAGCUCAACCGGCGCCUGCAGGCCGAGAACCGUGAGCUGCGCGACCUCUGCUGCUUCCUGGACUCGGAGCGCCAGCGCGGGCGCCGCGCCGCGCGCCAGUGGCAGCUCUUCGGGACCCAAGCAUCCCGGGCGGUGCGCGAGGACCUGGGCGGCUGUUGGCAGAAACUGGCCGAGCUGGAGGGCCGCCAGGAGGAGCUGCUGCGGGAGAACCUGGCGCUGAAGGAGCUCUGCCUGGCGCUGGGCGAGGAGUGGGGUCCCCGCGGCGGCACCGGCGGCGCGGGGGGCACCGGCGCCGCGCCAACCCCCGAGCUCGCUUUGCCGCCCUGCGGACCCCGUGACCUGGGCGACGGGAGCUCCAGCACGGGCAGCGUGGGCAGCCCCGAUCAGCUGCCCCUGGCCUGCUCCCCGGAUGACUGAGGACGCUCCUUGGCGUCGACGCCCGCCCUGAGUCUUCCCCAGACGCCGGCCGGGUUGCGGUGGACUUCUGGACCCGACGCCGCCCGGCUGCGCCCGAGAGGCCCGCUGGCAUGGACUUGGAAACCCGGCCACUGGGGAGGGUCCCCGGAGCCCGCUGGAGGGGCGGCAGCGGAGG